AUAUAUGUGAAAUGGUUUGAUACAGUAAUGUUUUACUAUGCGAUUUUAGUGAAUUUAGUGAAUGUCACUUUUUGUCAUUUUCAAAUUUCCCGCCGUUCCGUCCCCGUACGUCCCGACGCUCGCAGGGGACGGAACCCAGAUGACAGAUGCCAGCAUCCGCCGGAUUACAUUGCCUGGGACACCGUAGGAGGGACAUCGCGGGAGCGCAGGACAAGGUAAGUGAAGAACAGAUGCCGGAGCAGCGAUGCAUGGUAAGCCCGAGUGUAGCUUGGUAUACCGCUUUUGCUACACUCGGGAAUACCGUCAGGGAGGCUACGCUAA